AGCAGUAUGAAAGACCUUCAGUAACAAGCUCAUUCAACAUCGACAAUGACAUAAAUGAACUAGUUGAAAAAUAUUGUAAGUUUCAUAAGCAACUAAUUUAUCAAAUCAUCAACCGAAGCUUACCAACAAAUAUCUUAGUUACAUUUGGAGAUGAUGGCCUCGAAGAGUUCGAUAGUUUCAUAGCACCAACAAAAAAUAUUGAGCAUGGAGAAAAUAGCAAAGAUAGUUAG